UGUGGGGGGCGGUGUCCGCGUUUGCUGGGGUCCCGCUGCGAGUCCGCAGCACAGCCGUGCGGCCGAGUGAGGCGGCCAGUGAGGGUCGGAACCGGGGGUUCUUGGGAUUCCAGUUUCUAUGAACUAAUCGGCUUAUGUGAGAUGGAGGACGCCCAGGACCAAGGAUUCAUCCUUGGUGAAGAGUCCUGACCAGAGCCCUCUAACUUGAGCAUUAUGACAGCGUCCAGAAGAUUCACAUGAUAGGUCAGAGCCUAGAUUUGCUGGCCCUUUCCCAAGAGUAGCAAAAAAUGACCAAGUCCCAGGGGUCAUUGUCAUUUGAGGAUGUGGCUGUGGACUUCACAUGGGAGAAGUGGCAGCUCUGGAUUCUGCUCGAAAGAAUUUGUACAGAAAUGUGAUGUUGGAGAACUUGAGCAGCCUUGAGUCGCUAGGGUUUCAGGUUAUCAAACCAGAUGUGAUCUUCAGAUUGGAGCAAGACCAGCCACGGGCAAUAGAUGAGGAUACCCCAAGUCAGAGCUUUUCAGAGUUCUGGAAAGUUGAUCAUUACAAAGCUUGGCACCAAGAAACCCAAGACAGGCUUAAAAGAUUGGAACAAGCCUGUGAAAGUAAUGCAAGUGGAAAAACAUUUCAAUCAGGUGAAGUCUCAGCAACGGCUGUGUCUCCUCUGUAGCUCCAGCUCUUCCUAAGUAGCCGACCAUGGCUGCAGCGUCCACUGGAUGACCCUGGGCUCUGGACUUAUCCCUCCAGCCUAGUCAUGGUAAUGAAUUCCGGCUUCUGCUAACAUCUGGGAUGCCUCAGUGCCCUCUUUGGCUUCUCAUCCCUCCUAUCACCUCUGUAACCAUGUUAAAUUCCCUGUUUUACUUAGAGUACUUUUUAAUUUUCAAGAUUGGACCCUGUGUAGUACAGCUAUGGGAGAAACAGUCUAGAUUGGUUGCUGGUUCAGGGCAUGUAGCAUGUCCCAACAGACAGCAUUCCAAUCUUACCGAGUAUGCAAGUUCCUAGCAGAAUUAUUUGUAAUAGCCAAACACUCUAAACAAUUCAGACCAGCUGGUGAGGGACUUCCCUGGUGGCGCAGUGGUUAAGAACCUGCCUGCCAAUGCAGGGGACAUGGGUUCGAGCCCUGGUCUGGGAAGAUCUCACAUGCCACAGAGCAGCUAAGCCCAUGUACCACAACUACUGAGCCCUCGUGCCACAACUACUGAAGCCUGUGUGCCUAGAGCCUGUGCUCCACAACAAGAGAAGCCACCACAAUGAAAAGCGCACCGCAACGAAGAGUAGCCCCCGCUCGCCGCAACUAGAGAAAGCCCACGUGCAGCAACAAAGACCCAACGGAGCCAUAAAUAAAUAAAUAAAUUUAUUUAUUUUUGAAAA